AAAAAUUAUAAAAAAUGCCACCUAAGCAAGGAAUCCCCUCCACCACCCAUUAUUACAAAUCCCCACCACCACCGGUACAUUACCCUCCACCUCCUUAUUACUACAAGUCACCGCCACCGCCAGUACAUUCUCCCCCACCACCCUACUACUACAAAUCUCCUCCUCCACCGUCGCCAUCUCCUCUUCCACCAUACUAUUACAAAUCCCCGCCACCACCUCCCUAUUACUACAAGUCUCCCCCACCACCAGCACCUUCUCCUCCACCACCUUACUACUACAAAUCGCCACCUCCACCACCAUACUACUACAAGUCUCCCCCGCCACCCUACUAGGCUCAAAACUGCUGCUUUCUUGUCUUAGUUUCAACAAUGGAAUAAAAGAAGGCUCCAAGAAGGGAGUAAUUGGGCGUAAAGUUUCUUAUAAUUCUAGUUCAUGGAAUAAGGGUCCCAGGAAUUCAUGUGAGAACUAUAAUUUAGGUGAUCCAGGCCAGAUUGCUUCCACUUCUCUGGUGGCCAUCUUACACAUGCUCUUAAUUUAUUCUUGUGGGAAAUUAGGUGGAUCAAGAAGUGAGAUCGGAGUUUAGUGGGUGUUGUAGUUCUGUUUGGGUUUUAAUUAUUCCCAUAAAUUAAUACAUUUUCCUCAGUCUUUUUUCUUUUUACAAGCAUUUGUUGAUGUAUAGAAUAUGUGGCAAUGUACCAUUUGAUCAGCUUCUAUUUUUUGUCGGCAUGCAUUUGCUUCUUGUACCUUCUCGUGCUUUGUGCAGUGAGAUUGUUAGCAAUAAAACAGUCAUUUUCUA